UUAGGAACCUGCAACCCAUUUCCCUCUUUGCUUCAGUCCCGCAUUGCAUCUGAGCGGAAGGUGGUGGGGCGACUGAAGAAGAACCUGGUGUCCUGCAGCUCGUGUUCAUAGGACGGGCGGGGCCUCGAGGGAGCGCUGUCCGAACUGACCUCGGAAACCGAAGUACCCGUUGUGUUUGUGAAAAAGAGAAAGAUAGGCGGCUAUGGUGCAACUCUGAAGGCUUUUCAAGAAGGCAGACUUCAAAAGCUACUAAAAAUGAAUGGCUCUGAAGAUUUCCCGGAGUCCUACGACUAUGACCUCAUCAUCAUUGGAGGGGGCUCAGGAGGCCUGGCAGCUGCCAAGGAGGCAGCCAAGUAUAACAAGAAGGUGAUGGUCCUGGAUUUUGUCACUCCAACCCCUCUUGGAACUAGAUGGGGUCUCGGAGGAACGUGUGUGAACGUGGGUUGCAUACCGAAGAAGCUGAUGCACCAGGCGGCUUUGUUGGGACAAGCCCUGCAAGACUCCCGAAACUAUGGCUGGGCUGUCGAGGAAACCGUUAAACAUGACUGGGCAAAAAUGACAGAAGCUGUGCAGAAUCACAUUGGCUCCCUGAACUGGGGCUACCGUGUGGCCCUGCGGGAGAAGAAAGUCACCUAUGAGAACGCAUAUGGGCAGUUUGUUGGUCCUCAUAGGAUUAAGGCAACAAACAACAAAGGCAAAGAAAAAAUUUACUCAGCUGAGAGAUUUCUCAUUGCUACAGGUGAAAGGCCUCGUUACUUGGGCAUCCCUGGCGACAAAGAAUACUGCAUCAGCAGUGACGAUCUUUUCUCCUUACCUUAUUGCCCGGGGAAGACCCUGGUGGUCGGAGCAUCCUAUGUGGCUUUGGAAUGUGCCGGAUUUCUUGCUGGGAUUGGUCUAGAUGUCACUGUUAUGGUACGGUCCAUUCUCCUUAGAGGAUUUGACCAGGACAUGGCCAACAAAAUUGGUGAACAUAUGGAAGAACACGGUGUCAAGUUUAUAAAACAGUUUGUACCAAUAAAAGUUGAACAGAUUGAAGCGGGGACACCAGGCCGACUCAGGGUGGUAGCUAAGUCCACCAAUGGUAACGAAGUCAUUGAAGGGGAGUACAAUACGGUAUUGCUGGCAAUAGGAAGAGAUGCUUGCACAAGAAAAAUUGGUUUAGAAACCGUGGGGGUAAAGAUAAAUGAAAAGACUGGAAAAAUACCUGUCACAGAUGAAGAACAGACCAGUGUGCCUUACAUCUAUGCCAUCGGCGAUAUUCUGGAAGGGAAGCUGGAGCUCACCCCAGUGGCCAUCCAGGCCGGAAGGCUGCUGGCCCAGAGGCUUUAUGCCGGCUCCACUGUCAAGUGUGACUAUGAAAAUGUUCCAACUACUGUAUUUACUCCUUUGGAAUAUGGUGCUUGUGGUCUUUCUGAAGAGAAAGCUGUGGAGAAAUUUGGGGAAGAAAAUAUUGAGGUUUACCACAGUUACUUUUGGCCAUUGGAAUGGACGAUUCCAUCAAGAGAUAGCAACAAAUGCUACGCAAAAAUAGUCUGCAAUAUGAAAGACAAUGAACGUGUUGUGGGCUUCCACGUGCUGGGUCCAAAUGCUGGAGAAGUUACACAGGGCUUUGCAGCCGCGCUCAAGUGUGGACUGACCAAGGAGCAGCUGGACAGCACCAUCGGAAUCCACCCCGUCUGUGCAGAGGUAUUCACGACUCUGUCGGUGACCAAGCGCUCUGGGGGAAGCGUCCUGCAGGCCGGCUGCUGAGGUUAAGCCCCAGUGUGGAUGCUGUUGGCAGGAUUCCAAACCACUGCUGUGUUUCCUCGCCCGAAUCCAAGGCGGAGCUUUCCGGAAGUUUCUUGGGCUUGGACCUGUGUGCCCUGCGCAGACACUAGCCAGGCCCCCUUGGAUCUCAUGGGUGGGAGGCGGUGGAUGGAAGGCAGGCAGCAUCACACUGGGGUCACCAUGACGGACUCGAAACUGACCUUUGGCAGUGCAUCGAACGGAUGCGUCCAUGAAGUCACUGGCCUCAAACCUACCACGGUGGGCCAUGAUGGAACAACUGUCGAAGCAGUUUUAGCAUGACUUUUCCUUUGUGGGUUUUAUUUUCAUUGUCAAGCUUUCUCAUGUUGAUUAUUGUUCUUCUCUUUUCUCCAAGGAGUUAAUUGUACUAGAGAUGAAAAAUGUCAGCCCUCGAUUUAUGUCUAAAACCAAGUCAUGGCUCGAGUAUGCAAAUGAAGUGCCCUCUUGCUCGGAAGGCAUGGUUUAGCUCACUUUGAGACCAAUAGGCCUGUCCCACAAAAGAGAACUACCCUGGGACUCGACUACUGUUAUACUCAACUGGCUUGUAUAGCAGUGUCUCAGCUACUAAGUUACAUGUUCAAAACAAGUAAAUUGGUGAUGCACUCUGGCCAAAUUUGCCCCCAUAUGCUAUAUCACUAAUUAUUAUUAUUUUUAGUUCUGUUUAGGAAAGGAAAUGGCCACUUGGCCAGACUGUUUGAAGUAGUAUUCCACUGCAUGGAACUUGGUGGUCUAGUAUGAUUUCCACCAUUAUUCAUCAUAGAAGCAGAUGUACACUUUAAAUGCGGAAAAACAGUGAAUGUCUUCAUUUAGUUUAUUGUAUGCUGAUUGAUCUAAGUGAGCUGAAACACUUCACACUUGUUUAAGACUUUUUUUGGUAGCCUUAGCUUUACGCUAAAAACAAAAUAUCACGGCUUUAUUUUUCAUGUGUGUUAUGCAUCUGUGC